CGCAACUUCCGCCGGUCGCAGCCCAACAUCAAUGCGGAGUUCAGUCCUCCAGCACCGCCAACAUCACUCCGAUCUGCAGCUGUGCCAUCGGUAGUUUACAAGUUAGAGCAGGGAAACCCAGCGUAGAGAAAAGAAGCCCGUAAGUUGACUUGUCAACUUCACAGUUUAUCGAAAAGUGAGGCUUUGACUAAAAGCAGCCUGGGUUAGCUAACUGUUAGCUAGCAUGCUGCUGUCUCAUAACAUCAGACAGCUCCUCUUGGAAUAAUUUGGUCUCGUCAUGUCCGAAUUAAGAUGUCGGAAAACAGAGACUUUGGAGGAAGAUAAAGAAGGACAUAAACUCCAAAAUGAACCAGAGGGCGUGCAGACAGAACCUGCGGAUGAGCCGGUGACCGCAAAGGACACCGAGGAGACACCUGACCACAAGGACAAAGAUGGAGAUGCUGAUCCCAAACAGGAAGAGUCAAACGGACCAGAGACGGCUGUAGAAAAAUGGAAGAGAUACUCCACUGCGAGUUUUCUGCAGCGGCUGGUGAAGGUGAUCUGUGGAUGUCUGGCAGCAGUCGCUUGCGGAAUGCUUUAUGCUGUGUAUCUCGCUAUGUAUCAUGACAGGAAAUACUGGUUUUCAGUUAGACAGGAAAUGGAGCGAGAAAUCACCUUUCAAGCAGGCAGUGGGCUCUAUUAUUACUACUACAAGCACAUGCUGUCAGCUUCAUCUUUUCAAAGAGGGUUUUAUGAGCUGACAAUUGAUAACAAGACUGUGUCAGGUCAGACCAUCAACGCAGUGGAGCGUCUGUCUCUGUAUCCAGAGCUGAUCACAAGCUUCAUAUACAGAGUUACAGGCAGCCAGGAUUUUGUGGAGCCGAUCUAUUUCUAUGUUGGAGCGGUGUUCGGUCUGCAGGCUGUUUAUGUCACCGCUCUGUUUGUGUGUAGUUGGGUGAUGAGUGGGUCCUGGGUGGCCGGCAUGCUGGCUGUGGCCUGGUAUGUCAUAAUCAGACCAGAUACAACCAAAGUUGACCACGCUAUUCCUCUGCGGGAAAACUGGGCUCUGCCGUACUUCUCCUGUCAGGUGGCAGCUUUGACUGGAUUCCUCAGUAACAACAUUAGCUCAGCUACUGAGAUGUUUUGCUACCUUACCAUGAGCGCCGCUACCUUCACCUUCCUGUUGGUCUGGGAACACAGUCACUAUGUGCUCUUCAUCCAGGGCCUCUGUCUUUUCCUGUUGGACUUCUUUGAUCUGGUGCCACCACGUAAGAUGGCUGACAUUCACAAAGUGUACCUGAGCUCUUUGCUUCUCGCAUACUUGUUCCAGUUUCAGAACCCAAAUCUGCUCAGCUCGCCUCUGCUCAGUCUGCUGAUCGGUUCAGUGCUGGCGAGGUAUUUCCAGCAAAAAAUGAAGAUGGGUCCCCUUGUGGCAAGAAUCUUGAAGCUCUUCUUACAUUUCCAUCUGGUUUUUACCACGGCAAUCACCUUCGCUUAUUUGGUUCAGAAACUUCUACCUGGAAGUGAAAGUGACUUCAUAUUGAAGUUCCUUGAAGUCAAAUUUGGCUUCAACACAACAACUGACUUUAUCACCAACUUCCUCCUGUGCCAAGAGAGUUUCCAGACACCCAGUCAGGACUUAUUUCUGCGACUGACCCAGGCCUCAGUCCUGCCUUUCUACUUCCUGGUUCUCACCGUCUGCCUGCUGUCCACUCUGGAGACCAUUUACAGAAGACUCAGCGGUCAGCCAAUGAAAACCAAAGUCAAACUUGAAGAUGGACGAAUAGGAGAGCAGCCGGAGGUCGUCUAUCAUGUUUUUCACACUUUGCUUUUUGGAGGCCUGGUACUGGUGUUUGAUGGGAUGAAGUAUUUAUGGACCCCGUAUGUCUGCAUGUUCACAGCGUUCGGUGUGUGUUCUCCAGAGCUGUGGAUGACUGUGUUCAAGUGGAUCAAGCUGAAAUCCCUCCAUCCUGUAGUGCUGGCUCUGACUCUGAGUACGUCUGUUCCAACCAUCAUUGGUUUCAGUUUGUGGAGAGAGUAUUGCCCUCGUGUCUUAGCAGAGUUGGCUGAAAUGCAGGAGUUUUAUGAUCCUGAUACAGUCGAGCUGAUCAGCUGGAUCAAGAAUGAGGCUCCGAAGGCAGCUGUGUUUGCAGGCAGCCCUCAGCUCUUAGGAACAGUGAAGCUGUGCUCAGGUUCAGUUGUGACCAGUUUACCGCUUUAUUCAGACAUCAGCCUGUUGAAGAAAAGUGAAGAUCCGUACCAGGUGUAUGCCAUGCGAUCUGCAGAGGAAGUCUACAAGAUUCUGACAAGUCAGAAGACAAACUAUGUGAUCAUCGAAGAUGCCAUUUGCAACGAGCUGAGUCUCAAUCGGGGUUGUCGGAUAAAAGACCUCCUCGACAUCUCCAAUGGACAUGUGGUUUAUGACAAAGGGGAGAUACACUCGCUCUCCAAACAUGGGAGAUUCUGCCACGAGAUAAAAAUGAACUACUCGCCCUACACAAACUACUUCACUCGAGUUUUCUGGAACCGCUCGUACCACGUCUACAAAGUGAACUCUGUCAUUUCCUUUCAGUACUGACAGCGGCUAAGCCUUCACCAUAAAUGCCACGAUUCCAACAUAGCGUCAGGUUUUUGCUCAGAAACACGUCUGGUCACUGUUACACAUCCUGGUGAACCUGCAGGGAUCAACUGAGCACAUUUUACUGAGCUUCAGUAUAGUCUCCACAUUAUGUGUUUAUGAUACCAUAAACGGACACUAAUGAAAACAAUCUAUGCCAUAUUAAUCACUGUACUGUCAUUUUUAAGCCAUGCUUUACUGUUAAUGUGAAGGGGAGGAUGAUAUGUGAUGUCGACACAGACCUUGGUCAUUUUCUAUUUUUUUUUUUUUUUUUAUUGUAUAUGUUAUUUUGUAAUAGUUUAUGCCAGCAUUGUGGGACACAAAUUGUCUCAUAUUUGUAUUAUUAGAUUUGAAUAGUGCUUUUUUUUUUUAACCGCUUAAAUCUUUUAGUAUUUAACUCGUAAAGGAAAUGAUGUCCAAGACCACAGAGCAUAAAAAAAGAAUAUUAACGAAGUUGGUUCACAUAUAAUACUAGCAUCAUAAUGUUCAGUAUCUUCUCCUGAAAUUAUUUGGUAAUUCUGUUCCUAUCAGGAGAUAUUAAUAUAUUGAUAUUUGAAGAAAUAUUUGAAGUGUCCUCUUGGAAUCAUGACCAGUAAAAGAUUACAACAUUACAAUCUAUUAAAAAAUAGAUUUUUGUUUAUCUAAUAGCCAGACAUGUAUAAAUGGCUUUGUGUUAAAAAAGCUUUUUAUUUAUGACCUUAAAAUGCAGUUUUUUGGAAAAUGAUUAUGCUGGAAACAAUUUUUUAAGGAGAAGGGUUGGAUGAAGCCAUUUAUUGUCACAUAACUGUGUUGCCUCUUUACAGUAUCAUCUCAAAAUGUAGCGGUUACCUUUUUUUUAUUUUUUAUUUUAGUACAUUCUGCCUUUGUUUUUGCUUACAAAAAGAUAAUUAAAGUAAGGAAAGAAGAUGUACUGUACCACCUUUUGGGUUUUUAACACUGAAUGCAGUUGAAGCUCACUACUUUUUUUUUUUUUUUUUAAUUUGUGUUUGUGAAAGGGAAGAACCGUGCAGUUGUUUCAUUCUGUAUCUGAGAUUAGGUGUGAUAUUUGCAGACAAAGAAAGAUUUACUGGGUUUUUUUUGUGUCCCAUGUGAUCUGCUUUUCCCCAUUUAUACCAUGGUUUUGCUACGAGACUGUUCAGAAUCUUAUCGCGGUGGUACCUGGUUUGGUUUGAGCUUUCUUAAAUCAAGUCGAAUUUAAUCAGUGAACUACCCAGAACAGUCUGAAGAAAGUGUGAACUUUUACACUGACUAAUUCAUAUCUCUUUCAGCCUUAAAGAGUAGCCGACGUUGGUUCUGAAGUUGCUCAUUUUGUUGCUUUGUCUUCGUCUGGAUGCCUUAUGUUGGAAGGUGUGAUUAAAAACCCUUCGCUGCUCACUUUUACCUGCUGUAUGUCUGAACUUCCUGUUUGGUACCUGAAGUAUUCAGUGGUAAUUCCUCCAGGUGCUAUCAUCUAAGUCUAUAUGUCUGUCUGCAAACAGUCAUGGAUUCAUUAAUAGACUUGAGUGAGCGCCGGUGGAAAAUUAAAGUGUGUAUGAGUUAAUAAAUAAAAUAUUGAUCUCUUUA